AUGUCUGCAUCUCCUCGUCAGUACUCUUGUGAACCCGAGAUCUUGCAUGACUACGCUUGGGCCUGUCAGAUGCAACGUUCGGCAGUAAGGAUCGCUGGUGCCCUGAACUUUCCAACAACACAGGAGGUCGACAGAUUAUGGUACAAUAACGCGGAGACUCAAAGAAUUAUAACCAUAUGGUCGGACUCCGCUGAAAGUAAGCGGAAAUCUUCGACAUUUGUUUUCCUCCGGCAACACACAACGACCUUGGUUCAUGUCAUGACAGCUCCUGUGCGCCCAAAAAUUGGUGUUCAGGGUGUAAAUCGCGAGAUCUUUUCUGUAAUGCUCUCAAACUGGUGUAUAACCCAGCUUAUGCGUGUGGUCCCGGUGCUGUUUUCUCGCAGCAAUGUCGACACAACUCCCCCAAAGCUUGAUGCAUACGACUUUUUUCAUGCAUUAUGCAUUCUUCGUUGCGGGGCUCAAGCGUGGAGAUUCAGUCUGGGACAGCGAAACAGACCAUCGCGGUCCGCGCUCCCAGUGAAAUGGCACCGCGAACCUAGUACCGACAGACUUCAUACUGUAUCUCCCAUAUCUCCUAUUUCAAUUGAAUGGCCAGUAGCAGCAUUGACCUUCACAGCCGCACUUGAGCCCAAACAUGCGCUUACGAUUGCCUCGGGGGGCGGCAAGAUCCAUUUACCUGGAGAGGGAGCCAUCAGUGCUUACACUGGCACUCGUGAGAUGCUGUAUCAAUUUGCUGGCAAACUUCGCGAGCAAUCUCAGCGGACUCAGCUCUCAGUCGAGUACGAUGAAGCUGAGGAAGGAGGAAAUAGCAGUACCAAGUUCGCUGGCAUCGAUGGGCUAGUCGAACAACUCACUUAG